AUGCUCCGUCGCAGUGGUUGCUUCCUCAACAUGGGGCUGGGGGACGAGUACGUGAAAAAGGUGUUCAACAGCGUGGCCAGCAAGUAUGAUAUGAUGAACGAUGUUCUUUCGCUUGGCAUACACCGCCUGUGGAAGCGCGAAUUUGUCCGUGACUACGUACGACCGUGCCCUGGUGGAUCGUACGUUGACGUCGCUGGAGGUACUGGCGAUAUUGCCUUUCGCAUAAUUGAUGAAGUGCGCCAGUUGGAACGGGGACUUCCAGGCCUUACACCUCCCGACUUUCGAGGAGUUGGUGUGACGGUUGUGGACAUUAAUGAACAGAUGGUUCACGAGGGAGAGGCCCGGGCAGCACGGGAAGGAUAUGAUGGUUUGGAGUGGAUUGUCGCCAGCGGGGAGGAGCUUCCGUUGGAUGACAUGCAGUUCGAUGGCUACACGGUAUCGUUUGGCCUGCGGAAUUUCAGUGACAGGCCGAAAGCCCUUCGAGAAGCGCAUCGAGUGCUGAAAGUGGGUGGUGUACUGAGCGUGCUGGAGUUUAGCAAAGUCACGUGCUCGCUGCUGCGCGUGCCUUACGACGUGUGGUCUUACGGUUUCAUUCCACAAGCCGGCCGGAUUUUGGCAAAUGAGGAAAGCUAUAGGUACCUUGUGGAUAGCAUUAGAGCCUUUCCCGAUCAGGAGACCCUCGCAGAGAUGAUUCGGGAGGCGGGAUUCGGUUACGUGAGGUAUGAUAAUCUCUCUGGCGGAAUCGCAUGCGUACACACCGCAGUAAAAACGGAGGCUGUUCCAAUACAUAAACCUAAGUCAGAGGUAGAAAACGCUAUGGCGCAACAGGAGCGAGUGGUAGAAGACAGUAAAGUGGGGGCUGCAUAG